CUCGCAGCGCCUGCUGUUCUCGCACGACCUGGUGUCUGGCCGUUACCGCGGCUCGGUGCACUUCGGGCUGGUGCGCCUCAUCCACGGCGAGGACUCGGACUCGGAGGGCGAGGAGGAGGGCCGCGGCAGCUCGGGCUGCUCGGAGGCCGGGGGCGCGGGCCACGAGGAGGGCCGGGCCAGCCCGCUGCGCCGUGGCUACGUGCGCGUCCAGUGGUACCCGGAGGGCGUCAAGCAGCAUGUGAAGGAGACCAAGCUGAAACUGGAGGACCGCUCCGUGGUACCCCGAGAUGUGGUCCGUCACAUGCGCUCCACUGACAGUCAGUGCGGUACAGUGAUCGACGUCAACAUCGACUGUGCAGUCAAGCUCAUUGGCACCAACUGCAUCAUCUACCCCGUGAACAGCAAGGACCUCCAGCACAUCUGGCCCUUCAUGUAUGGAGACUACAUCGCCUACGAUUGCUGGCUGGGGAAGGUCUAUGACUUGAAGAACCAGAUCAUCCUAAAGUUAUCCAACGGUGCCAGGUGCUCCAUGAACACAGAAGAUGGUGCGAAACUCUACGACGUCUGCCCACACGUCAGCGACUCGGGUCUCUUCUUUGAUGACUCCUAUGGCUUCUACCCAGGCCAGGUGCUUAUCGGCCCUGCCAAGAUCUUCUCCGGUGUCCAGUGGCUGUCGGGGGUCAAGCCUGUACUCAGCACCAAGAGCAAGUUCCGAGUGGUGGUGGAGGAGGUGCAGGUUGUAGAGCUGAAAGUCACAUGGAUUACCAAGAGUUUCUGCCCCGGGGGUACGGACAGCGUCAGCCCCCCACCCUCUGUUAUCACUCAGGAAAACCUAGGCAGGGUGAAGCGUCUCGGAUGCUUUGACCAUGCUCAGCGGCAGCUUGGGGAACGCUGUCUGUAUGUCUUCCCAGCCAAGGUAGAGCCGGCCAAGAUUGCCUGGGAAUGUCCAGAAAAAAACUACGCCCAGGGGGAGGGCUCUAUGGCCAAGAAGGUGAAGCGCCUGUUAAAGAAGCAAGUUGUGAGGAUCAUGUCUUGCACCCCAGACACCCAGUGUCCCAGAGACCAUUCCAUGGAGGACCCAGACAAGAAAGGAGAAGCCAGAGCCAAGAGCGAAGCAGGGUCCGUGAGCCCUGAGGAGCCACCAGAUGGGUCAGCCAGCCCUGUGGAGAUGCAGGAUGAGGGUCCAGAGGAGCCUCAGGAGGCAGGCGAACCACUGCCCCCUUUCGUGUUGAAGGAGGGCGGAGAUGAUGGGCUGCACUCGGCUGAGCAGGAUGCAGAUGAUGAGGCCGCUGACGACACAGAUGACACCAGCUCGGUGACCUCCUCUGCCAGCUCCACCACCUCCUCCCAGAGUGGAAGUGGCACAAGUCGUAAAAAGAGUAUUCCCUUGUCCAUCAAGAACUUAAAGCGGAAACACAAGAGGAAGAAGAGUAAGAUCACUCGUGACUUCAAGCCAGGGGACAGGGUCGCCGUGGAGGUGGUGACCACGAUGACCUCGGCUGAUAUGAUGUGGCAGGACGGCUCUGUGGAGUGCAACAUCCGCUCCAACGACCUCUUUCCUGUGCACCACCUGGACAACAACGAGUUCUGCCCUGGAGACUUUGUGGUGGACAAGCGAGUCCAGAGCUGCCCAGACCCUGCUGUCUAUGGUGUGGUACAGUCUGGGGACCACAUUGGCCGUACCUGCAUGGUGAAGUGGUUUAAGCUGCGGCCCAGUGGGGACGAUGUGGAGCUCAUCGGAGAAGAGGAGGAUGUGAGUGUCUACGACAUUGCUGACCACCCUGACUUUCGGUUCCGUACAACUGACAUCGUCAUCCGCAUUGGUAACACUGAGGACGGAGCUCCACACAAGGAGGAUGAGCCAUCAGUGGGCCAGGUGGCCUGUGUGGACGUCAGCAGCAAGGUGGAGGUGGUAUGAGCUGACAGCUCAAAAACUAUCAUCCUGCCACAGCACUUCUACACCAUUGAGUCUGAGAUUGAGGAGUCAGACUAUGAUUCAGGAGAAGGCAGCACCAGUGGGGCAUCCUCGGACGAGUGGGAGGACGACAGUGACAGCUGGGAGACAGACAAUGGGCUGGUAGACGAUGAACAUCCCAAGAUAGAGGAGCCCCCCAUCCUGCCCACGGAGCAGCCAGCAGCCCCUGAGGAGGACAAGGGGGUGGUGAUCAGUGAGGAGGCCGCCACAGCUGCCAUCCAGGGGGCUGUGGCCAUGGCGGCCCCCAUGGCAGGGCUGAUGGAGAAAGCUGGUAAGGAUGCGCCUCCCAAGAGUUUCCGGGAACUGAAAGAGGCCAUCAAGAUCCUGGAGAGCCUCAAGAACAUGACAGUGGAGCAGCUACUCAUGGGCUCCCCCACCUCACCCACUGUGGAGCCUGAGAAGCCAACCCGGGAGAAGAAGUUUCUGGAUGACAUCAAGAAGCUUCAGGAGAACCUCAAGAAGACCCUGGACAAUGUGGCCAUCGCAGAGGAGGAGAAGAUGGAAGCGGCGCCCGACACAGAACGCAAGGAUGACAAGCCUGAGGGGCAGUCGCCAGUGAAGGCAGAGUGGCCCAGUGAGACACCUGUGCUCUGCCAGCAGUGUGGCGGGAAACCUGGAGUCACCUUCACCAGCGCCAAGGGCGAGGUCUUCUCUGUGCUGGAGUUUGCACCCUCAAAUCACUCUUUCAAGAAAAUUGAGUUCCAGCCUCCAGAAGCCAAGAAGUUCUUCAGCACAGUACGGAAGGAGAUGGCUCUGCUGGCUACCUCACUCCCCGAUGGCAUCAUGGUCAAGACUUUUGAGGACAGAAUGG